AUGACAAUCUGCAGCAGUGAAGAAAUCAUUGAUGAGUUUGAGUUGCUAACGCGUGAUGCUAGACGCGUGCAGCAGGAUACACUAAGAAAGAUUCUUGAACUGAAUGGUCAUGCUGAAUAUCUGAAUCGCUUCAAUCUUGGAACGAGAACAGAUUCAAAGAGCUUUAAAUCCUGCAUUCCGCUAUGUGUGCAUAGUGACAUAGAGUCCUACAUCCAGAGGAUAGCCGAUGGAGACGACUCACUGGUGCUAACUGGGAAGCCCAUCACUUCCCUCUCCGUAAGUUCUGGUACGACGCAGGGAAAACCCAAGUUUUUGCCAUUCAAUGAUGAAUUGCUUGAGAGUACAAUUCAAAUAUUCCGAACCUCAUAUGCUUUUAGAAAUCGUGAAUAUCCUAUUGGCAACGGAAAAGCCUUGCAGUUUGUUUAUGGGAGCAAGCAAGUCUUUACCCAUGGGGGCAUUCUUGCUACAACUGCGACAACAAAUUUGUACAGGAGUCGGCGUUUCAAGGAAGCAAUGAAGGAUAUCAUGUCUCAGUGCUGCAGUCCUGAUGAAGUCAUCUUUGGUUCUGACUUCCAUCAGUCUUUGUACUGCCAUCUAUUAUGUGGGUUAAUCUACUCAGAUGAAGUUCAGUUUGUUUUCUCACCAUUUGCGCACAGCCUCGUCCAUGCAUUUCACACUCUCGAGGAGGUAUGGGAAGAUCUAUGUGCUGAUAUAAGAGAUGGUGUCCUCUCAAAGAGAGUUACCACACCAUCUAUCCGCCAAGCUGUUUCAAAAAUCUUGAGGCCGAAUCCUGAGCUUGCUAGCUCGAUAUACAAUAAGUGCCAGAAUCUGAGUAAUUGGUAUGGGGUGAUCCCAACACUGUGGCCAAAUGCGAAGUACGUCUAUGGCAUUAUGACAGGGUCCAUGGAGACAUACCUAAAGAAACUGAGACAUUAUGCUGGUCACUUACCACUGAUGAGUGCUGACUAUGGUGCAUCUGAAGGAUGGGUUGGUUCUAAUGUAAAUCCAACCCUGCCGCCUGAGGAGGUGGCAUACGCUGUUCUUCCUAAUAUUGCUUAUUUCGAGUUCAUUCCUCUGGAAAAACCGAAAGGGGAGGAAAUGGAGAACAGUUCCUCUAUUCACUACAUAGAGUCAGAGCCUGUAGGCCUAACUGAAGUUGAGGUUGGCAAAAUCUACGAAGUUGUAAUAACAAAUUUUGCAGGUCUAUAUCGAUACAGGCUGGGAGAUAUUGUGAAGAUAGCGGGCUUCCACAACUCGACACCAGAGCUCCAGUUCAUCUGCCGCAGAAGUCUAGUCCUCAGCAUCAACAUCGACAAGAACACCGAGAAAGACCUGCAGCUAGCCGUCGAAGAGGCGGAGAAGCUCUUGGCCGCGGAGAAGCUGGAGGUGGUGGACUUCACGAGCCUCGUGGACAGAUCAAGCGACCCAGGGCACUACGUCAUCUUCUGGGAGCUGAGCUCCGACAGCGCCAGCGAAGAUGUCCUGAGCGGCUGCGCCAACAGCAUGGACCUGGCCUUUGUGGACGCCGGGUACGUCGGGUCGAGGAAGAUCAAGACCAUCGGCGCCCUCGAGCUCCGGGUCCUCCGGAAGGGAACCUUCGGGCAGGUCAUGGACCACUACCUGAGCCUCGGCGGCGCCGUGAGCCAGUUCAAGACGCCGCGGUUCGUGAGCCAGUCCAACAGCAAGGUGCUGCAGAUACUGAGCAGGAACGUCACCCAGAGCUACUUCAGCACUGCGUAUUGA